AUGCUGGCAUCUCGAGCACGACACCCCGCGAUGCAAGCGAUCCGCCAUCUCCGCCCCUCCACCUUAGCGACCCGUCGCUCUCUAAAUAAUGCGCCACCGCGACGAUUGGCAAGCGGCAAAGCACAAACAUCGACCUCAUCUUCGGGGUGGAUCCUCAGGCUGCUCGGUGUAUCAAUAGCGGGUGGUGUUGGAUUCCUCGGCUAUUCAUACCUCACAGGCGAUUGGAAAGAAGCAUGGAUUGAUAGUCAGCUGCCCAAGAAGGAAAUAAUCGAUGUCAACGAUCUUCGCGCCCAGUUCAUCCAAGAGAAGAGAAGCUUGAAGUCUCCUGGGGUCUUCACAUGGGGUUCAAACGAGUACAAAGUGGCCGAUCCAGGAUCGAAAGACUCCGACAUCAAAACGCCUCGGCGAUUCAAAUAUUUCAAUGGGCAGGUGCUCCGAGACUUCAAGGUUGAUGAGAAGUCCGGCGCCGCGAUUACAGAGGAUGGUGACCUUGUGCAGUGGGGUAAGGGAUUUUCGGAUACCGAUUUUAAGCCCAGGAAGACUCUGAAAGGCAAAAAUUUGGUGUCGAUUGCUCUCUCUGAGAGCCGAAUUAUAGCUCUGUCAUCCGACGGCAAUAUCUACUCGUUGCCCCUCUCAAAGGCGGUUCAGCAGUCUGGACCCAAGGCCCGGGAAGGCUCUUGGGUGCCAUUCUGGGGAGGCAAUUCCAAAUUGAGCUAUCGCAUCUUGAAGCCGGCCUUGGGGCUUGGUGAAAAGGUUACAACCAUUCGGGGUGGUCAGGAGCAUGUUGUAAUGCUCACAAGCUCAGGACGUGUAUUCACAGCCGCUUCGUCCACGGAGAAUUACCCAUCCCUCGGUCAGCUAGGUGUGCCUGGGCUGACUUGGAACACUCGCCCCAGCGGCCCCGCAGAUUCUUGUCAUGAGGUUGCAACACUAAAGGGAAUGAAAGUGAAGGAAAUCGCUUCUGGUGACUAUCAUGCUCUGGCAUUGACCAAGGAUGGUCGUUUAUUUGGCUGGGGAGAUAACUCUUUUGGCCAGCUGGGCGUCCAAUUUAUUCCGGUUGAGCCUUCUAUGGAUACACCAUUCGCACUGCCCGUGGAGAAGUAUUACCGAAAGGAGUUUUAUGCGCCAACCAUCACUGGCGUUGCUGCAGGUGGAGCCAACACCUUCUUCACCGUUGACUCCAAGCGAAUUUUGGGCCGCGAUGAAGAGGCGGCCAAUGUCCGUGAUUUGGGCAACGUGACUGCCGAUACCUGGUCCUGUGGUCGGGGCAUCUGGGGCACAUUGGGAAGCGGCAAAUGGAUCCACAUCCAAGACUCGCCUGUCCAGGUGAAAGACCUUAGUGGAUUGGGCGAAUAUGAUGAGAAGACCGAAAAAAUGACCCCCAUCCAUUUGCGCAACAUUUCCGUCGGUACCACUCAUGUCGCCGCCGUCUUGGAUAAUAAGACGAGCAUCAGUACCAAGAAGACGGACUCGCUGGACAAGUCGAACGACUUUGGUUAUGAGGUCUUCUGGUGGGGAGGCAACGAGCACUUCCAACUCGGAACCGGCAAACGUAGUAACCAGUCCCGACCAACUUAUAUCAAGGCACCCCAAGAGUCUUCGAAGAAGCCAGAACCGGAAGCACGACUCCAACUAAUGCCCCGGCACAAAGGUCCCGUUGGCAAGCGCAACGUGAAGAUGGAGCAACGUGUUGAAUGCGGACGGAAUGUCUCUGCAAUUUAUUCAGCUGUCUAA